AUGGACGAAACAACGGACCGGGAUGCUGACGUGCGGGAAGCUUUCCCGUCCGGUCGGGAGCAGAUGGAAGGUCGGUUUCCCCAGGAAACCAAUAUUGAAGACUUUGGUGUGCAAUGGUUAACGUCGAACGGUAGCGAACUGGAUAAGGAGUACAAGCAACAAAACCUUGGCAUCUUCGAAAGGAUGGAAAUCGCAGGCAACUUGUCGAAUAGUACGUCCGAUUCGAUCAAGGACCUGGAGCAACAAAUCAACAGCUUUUACUUCUAUGAGACUGAGCAAUUUGCAGUAUUAUGGAUAUUAUUCGUAGUGAUCGUGCUGGGUAAUACGGCCGUGCUGGUGACGUUAUUUCUUAACAAAAACCGCAAAUCGAGGAUGAACUUUUUCAUCAAGCAGCUUGCAAUAGCAGAUCUCAGCGUUGGACUGCUAAGCGUGCUGACGGACAUUGUGCAGCGGAUAACGAUCUCCUGGUUGGCCGGGAAUGUCGCCUGCAAGUUGAUUCGCUUCGUCCAGGUAUGGGUGACGUACGCGUCGACGUACGUGCUGGUGGCCCUUAGCAUCGAUCGCUACGAUGCCAUCACGCAUCCGAUGAAUUUCUCGGGCUGCUGGAAGCGUGCCCGCAGACUGGUAGCCGCUGCAUGGGGCUUCAGUGCCGUCUUUUCGUCGCCAAUGUUUUACCUGUACGAGGAGCGUGUCAUACAGAAUCAAGUGCAGUGCUGGAUUGAUUUGGGUGAUCCGUUCCGGUGGCAGGUGUACAUGUGCUGGGUGGCUGCUUCACUUUUCGUCAUUCCGGCGUUCAUCAUUUCAGCUUGCUACGUCAUCAUCAUACGAACGAUUUGGAGCAAGGGUUCGAUGCUGGGACCUGCUCCUGUCGGAACGGGUGCAAACGGAGCAAAACAUCGCCCACUUCGCAAUGGAGCCUGUGCAGAGCUUGCAAGCAGAAGGGCCAGCUCGCGAGGCAUCAUACCACGUGCGAAGGUGAAGACGGUCAAAAUGACGAUCGUGAUAGUGAUCGUGUUUGUGCUCUGCUGGUCGCCGUACAUCGUGUUCGAUCUGCUGCAAGUGUUCGAGCAGAUACCAAAAACGCAAACCAACAUCGCUAUCGCCACCUUCAUCCAAAGUCUGGCGCCACUCAACUCGGCAGCCAACCCACUGAUUUACUGUCUCUUUUCCACGCACUUUGUGCGCACACUGAAAAGACUUCCACCAUUCCGAUGGCUGCUCUCGUCGCCGCUUUGCUGUGCCAGCGAGGAAGACCGCUCGGACAGGGCCCGGUGCGGUACGAUCUCGAACGGAAAUCGUAACCUGCGCAACCAGCACAGCAGCAGCUCGAUGCGAACGCUAACCACCUCGCUGACCGUGUCGACCCGCCGCUCAACCGCUACUAUUUCGACGCGAGGUACGAACGGUGCUGCUGCUAGUGCUGCCGGACGGUUGCUCGUGUAGCGAGGGGUGGUGGGGAGUGGACUGGUGAGCGGGCCGACGGUGCCCGGUGCCACGCAGGUCUAUCUCGAUACCGAAGGUAAAAUAUUCCUCGUGCACAAGACCGCUCUCCACCAACGCCUUG